AUGUCUGCUUCUUCAGCAGCUGAAAGUACCAUUCCCAACAGCCUGCCCCAAAAACGCAGGCACACAGCCAAGGGAGAGAGCUUCCAGAGCCCCGAGGAGGCCUCCGAGUAUCUGAGUGGUGACAAUGGGAUCAGAUUUCACAUUCAUCCAAGAGAUGAAAUUAAGAUUUGCGACCGCUUCCUGCUGGGGGGCUGCACCCAGGGGGACAGCUGCCCCCUCCACCACACCUGCUAUCCCUACCAUUGGCAGAUUAGGCGGAGGGACAGCAAAGCCUGGCAGAGUGUUAGCGAGUCAGCUCAGCGGCACCUAGAGAAACUUUACUGCGACACUGGAAAAGAGCAGAUUAAGUUUGUGGACAAAGGUGGUGCUCUCGGGAGCAUUUUUCUGCAGUCCAUGAAGCUGGUUUGCUUCGUCGGACCCUAUGACAAAGUGCGGCGACUUUCCAACACCUCUAAUCCAAAGGAGAACCCCCACUUCCCCACAGAGUGGGUGGCCUAUUGGAAGAGCAAUGGCAAUUGGAUGAAGUAUGAGGAGCCCAUCUCCCAAGGUCUCCUUGCUGCCUAUGAGCAAGACAAAGACAGCUACACCUUCGAACGCCAAGGCCACUUCUUCAUUGUGGAUCUGAAGCGCCAUGUGCAACGGAACCGGGAUAAGGAAUACGUCCGCCUGGUCCAGCGCCGGCCUUCCUACCGCCCCCUCCUCAGUAUGGUGCCACAUCUGACGACGCUCCCUAGAAGACCCUGGGGAACAGUUUCUUCCACUUCUGACGUCCUCGGGGAGAAUCCGAAGGAUGGCUACUGUGGCUCCUACCCUGCUGCCUGGGUCCCGAAGCCACCAGAUGGCCAGGCUUUCUUGAAGAUGGAGGUGCUACCAACAGAGGUUGCGUACCACAGAGUUUGUGCUCUCUUCCAUCAGUCUCUCUCAGAGGAAAAGACACUGGUGCUGGGGAUUUACCGAAUCCGGAAUGAUGAUCUCUGGAAAAAAUACACCAGGCAGAAGGCCAUCAUGUCCCAUGCAUGUUCACUGCAGGAGAAACACCAGCUGGAGAAGCACCUCUUCUAUGGGAGCGCUGCUGACUUCCUGGAGCCCAUCUGCCAGAAGAACUUUGACCCCAGCUUCUCAAGACUGCACGCUCCCAUCUAUGGCAGGGGCUGCUAUUUCUCCAAGAGUGCCAUGUAUUCACACCGCCACGGCCAGGCGAGCAAGGCUGGGCUACGCCACAUGUUCCUGGCCAAGGUGCUGGUGGGCAAGACUGCUGUUGGGCAUAAACUUUUCCACCACCCCCUGCCCGUGGUGCCUGGUGGGCAGCUCUACAACUCCUGGGUCAACAGCAAAAGCAAUACCCAAGUGUAUGUGAUCUCUGACAACUGCCAGUGCUACCCCUACUUCCUGAUCAGCUACAAGAUGCUCUCUGACCCCGUGGCAGUGGAUGGCUGAUAGU